CCUCGCUCUUGUUGUCAACACUCGUGGUAACCAUUAAGGUAAAUAACACCUAACUCACCUCACUUUAUCAUUUACUCCGCUUUGAAAUGUGAAAUCCGCACCUCUCUUAGAAGCAAUUGCUGCGGAAGAUUGGUUGUGAAGAUCACUACACUCUGAAGGCCUGUAUAUAAGUAUCCUCGAGUAUCGUCAUUAAUCAUUAUGUCUACAUUUAGCUUUGGAACUCCUGGCACUGGUGGCACAACUGCGGGAACAGGCUUCAGCUUUGGAGGGGCUAACACCAGUGUUACAACACCAGUCUCGACAGGUUUCGGCUUUGGAGGUGCAACGGGAGGGUCUACAACGGCAACAACACCAUUUGGGUCAGCUUUUGGGACCACCCCAGCAGUUUCCAGCUCAGGAACUGCAUUUGGUUCGGCUUUUGGAACACCGAACCCAGUGGUUUCCAGCACCGGAACAGCAUUUGGAUCAGCGUUUGGGACAACGAAUCCAACGGUUUCAAGUGCAGGAACAGCAUUUGGGUCUGCUUUCGGGACAGCCAACCCAGCAGGUUCCAGUACAGGAACAGGGUAUGGUUUUCUGUCUAACUUUGGGGGAGGUGGCCCCAAGCCUCCCAUGUUUGGCCUUGGCAACCUUGGAGGAGUAACUAACACGUUGGCAGGAACAAGUUGUUUUAGCUUCGGGACAAAUGCCAAUCAAGCAGCCAAACCUACAUUUGGAUUUGGAACUUCUGCUGCAAAUAUUUCAGGAGGCUGUCUUCAGAGCCAAGGAUUUGGGGUAAAAACAACAUCAACAUUUGGAACUCAACCUACAGAUGCUUCGCAAUUAGCAGCAAUAGGACAACCAGACUCCUCGCUGGCUUUGCAUCUUGCCAUAUGCACUCCUUCAUACUUCAAUAAUGAAAAUGAUGAAGUCUUGCGCAAGUGGAAUCAACUUCAAGCAUUUUGGGGGGCUGGGAAAGGUUAUUAUGCUUAUAAUAUGCCGCCUGUGGAGUUCACACCUGAAAAUCCAUACUGCCGCUUCAAAGUAGUUUGCUACGCCAGGAUCCCUAAUUAUCGUAACGAGAAUGGUAUUGUGCAAAUCAUCAUUGGAAAGGGCCUCUCGGAAGUGGAGCCCCACAAGCAGCAAAUUAUUUCAACAUUGGCUCCAAUAUUUGGUGGCGCCGAGGUCGUUAUUGACGAAAUCUUUGCUGCAGAAGUGCCAAACAAAACGAACAUCAGGUUUUACGUUCAGCAAGUUUUCCCCAAUGCUCUCCAAUGUCAUUCCCCAGGAGAGAAGCAACGCGCAUCUGCUAGUGAUGCCUCUCGUCACAUGUUGGGAGCAUCAUACAUUCAGAUUUUGAAGAACUUGUGCAUUGAGCAGAUCAUUCCAUUGUUGACGCUGACUGAAACGCAGAUGAAGGAAUAUCUUGAUACACCUCAAAGAGGAAUUGAUCCAGCAUUGUGGGAACAGGGUAAACGAGAAAAUCCUGACCCCAAGAAGUUCUUUCCAGUUGUAAAAGUGGGAUUCCAGGAACUACAGAAGCAGUUCAAGUAUCAAGAAGAACACGGCGAAAAACUUCAGGAAAGCAUGAAGAAUAUUAUGGAUGAUAUAACACAAUUAAGACACAAGCAGACUAUGGUUAAAGCUGCCAUCCAGAACGCCAAGUGGAAACAAGCAAAUAUCACUCGCCGAGUUCUAAAACUGGUGUCAGCACAAGAGGUUGAAAGAAAAAGAGGAGUACCACUAGACCAAACAGAGGAGCAGAUCCGAAUGCGAUUGGAGGAUUUGUACAUGCAGCUGAUGCAGCCCACGCAAUACCGGGGAUGUUUGAAUGAACUGAUGGCUCAGAUGUCGGUGAAACCUGGAAGCUCUCGAGGAGCACAACGCUAUGGGCUCGUUAGUGACAAGGAGAAGGAUGUUUCACAGUACAUGUCUUGGCAGCACGAUGCACUUCAGGCGGUGGUCUGCGUUCUUAAGGAAGAUAUGCAGGUGGUUGAUAACAUGAGGGAAGAAAUUCACCGCAGGUCUUGAGAGCUAUACAAUUUAUAGAAAUAAUUUUUAUUUCAUGAUAUCUGUUACAGUAUAUCUAUAAUUUAUAAUCACAAUGAUUUACAAUUGCCAUAGAUACUUUGAUGACCAGACCACACACUAGAAGGUGAAGGGACGACGACGUUUCAGUCCGUCCUGGACCAUUCUCAAGUUGAUUUUGUAAAUCACACAAUCGACUUGAGAAUGGUCCAGGACGGACCGAAACGUCGUCGUCCCUUCACCUUCUAGUGUGUGGUCUGGUCAACAUAAUUUAGCCACAUUAUUGAGACUCAUCGCCUGCCAUAGAUACUUUAUGAAAGCAGUGGUUUGUGAAAAAAAGAAUGAGCCAAAUGUACCCAAUAUUAAAAUAUUAUAUUGCAUUGAAUCAUGUAGUGUUGUAUAAUAUACAUGAUAUUAGGGCAAAAAGAAAAUGUAUUAUUAUUUCUUCAUUGAAUACACCCUCCCAAAAAUAAUGUUGGUAGGUCUGAUUGUAAAUGGUAUAAUUGUUGUAUUUUAAUGAAUAAUACUAAAUAUACAAGUGAAAAAGACAUUAAAUAUUAAAUGUUAUGAUGAAAAAUAUAUAAAAAAAAAGGGUUAAGUUAAAAACUACAGAAAAUCAAUGUAUGUGAGAGAGAGGUCUCUUGUAUAACCUCCGGUGCAUAAUGAUAGCAUCUUGAGAUGCUAUCCUGAGAUGCUAUCUUGAGAUGCUAUCUUGAGAUGCUAUCUUGAGAUGCUAUCUUGAGAUGCUAUCCUGAGAUGCUAUCUUGAGAUGCUAUCUUGAGAUGCUAUCUUGAGAUGCUAUCUUGAGAUGCUAUCUUGAGAUGCUAUCUUGAGAUGCUAUCUUGAGAUGCUAUCUUGAGAUGCUAUCCUGAGAUGCUAUCCUGAGAUGCUAUCUUGAGAUGCUAUCUUGAGAUGCUAUCCUGAGAUGCUAUCUUGAGAUGCUAUCUUGAGAUGCUAUCUUGAGAUGCUAUCCUGAGAUUGAUCAUCUUGAGAUUUGUAUAGAAAAAAAUUUGAUGGUAUUUUAUUUUUAUACGCCGGUAAUGUUGACUAUGUGAUGAUCUUAACUCUUGCUUAGUUAUAUAGUAUAUUGAAAGAAUUUUACCAUGAACUAUUUUUAUGUCAAUUUUAUUCUCAUCAUUUUGUGCUGAUGCCAAUUUGUUUUGUUGUUUUUUGUUUGUGAAAAUGAAAUUUCAGCAUGUUAAAAUUAAUUUUUUUUCUCCCAUUGUUGUUUGCUAUUAACUAGGUCAUGUAUAUACUUUUUCAAACCAUGAUUAAAUUUUUAAAUACACAUUAA